AUGUGCGAAUCAUGUUUAAAAUGCGUAAAAACAAGGUUAUUAAUAUUGAUAUUUUCAAAUUUGGAUUAUUAAAUAGAACUAGAAAAGUUACACUAAUAAAAAAAAUAAACCUAUUGUGGAAAGAUAUUAGACAAAGAUGAUAUUGGUGUUAAAUGUAUUGAUUGUGAGCUUGAUGAAACAUGUAUAAUUUGUUAAGAAUGUUUUGAAAAAGGCAAUCAUUAAGGGCAUAGGACUCGUAUUUAGAGAGGAUGUGCAGGUUGCUGUGAUUGUGGUGAUGUUGGAGCUUGGAAAGAAUAAGGAUUUUGUAGCGAUCAUUAAGCAAAUAUUAGUAAAGAAGAUUUAGAUUUUAAUAAUAUAGAAAUAGGAAUAAGAAUAAAAAUAAAAGAAGUUAUAUAGGGUAUAUUUUAUGAUAUUUUUUAUUAAUUUGAGGAAACUUUUAAUUAAUUGAAUAGCUUUUAUAUAUAGAAAGAUUUUAUUUGUUAAAGGUUAGUGUUUAUAGGUAUUGAAAUAUGCGAAAUUCUAUCUGGAAAGACAAUUUUAAUGCAGAAUUUUUUAAACUUUUUAAUAAAUGAGAAUCGUGGUGAUGAAAACAAAUACGAAUUAAAGCAUUGUUGUUUAGAUAUCCAAAAUCAGACAAAUUAAUAAAAUCUUCUUUUACAUUUUAUUAAAAGAAAUAAUUAAUAUUGCACUUGUAGUAUUAUGGAGAACUUAUUAAGGUUUUUAUGUUGUAUAAAUUUAUAAAACUAGUAAAAAAUAAAGCAUUUUUUAAUCAAUAUGUUCAGUGUUUUCGAAUUCAAAAUAAAUUUAGUUAAAGCCUAUGUGAAGAUGUUCCAUUUUAUAUUUUAAUAUUCAGAAACAGAAGAACUUUAAUAUUGUCCUUUUUAAGAUUUGGCUGUGUAAUUUUUUACUUCUAAUCUUUUAAAUGAAUGUACUUCUUCAUAUUAAAAAGAUGAUGAAUAUUUUGAGUUUGAGAAAUAAAAUUUUAAGAAGAAAUUCUUCAGUAGAUUUUAUUUUAUUAAUUUUUUUGAGAAAAUUCUUGAAAUUUGUGAACUUAAACAUGGAUUCGAAGAGUUAUUCAAAAAUGCGUUUUAACAUGUAAAAUAUAUGACUUUUAGGAAUAAAUCAAUUGAUUAUUUUAUCCAAAACGAAGAUUUCUAAGUUAAACUUACUGAAGUUUGCUAAAAAAUUCAUUUCAGAGCUAAAUUUUUACUUCCGAAAAUCCCAUUAGAUGCUUUUUUUGAUAAUGUUAAAGAACUCUAAAGAGCUGUUGAAGCUGAACUUUUAAUUUAAGAAAGUUUUAUGAAUAUUGUUUACUAUUUAUUUUAAUUAGAUAAUAUAGAAAAAAAAAAAAAACUCUAUUUCUCAUUAAUAGGAAAAAUCAUGGAUUAAAUUUUGGGAAAUAGUGCAAAUACACAUGCUUUAAAUAUUUAGUUUUCGUCUAUUAAUAUUCCUUUGCAUAGAGUUUUGGUGCUUUUGCUUUUUUGUUAUUUCUAACUUGAUUGGGAUAAUGUUAAUGAUGAGAAAUUAAAUGAACUUAAAGUUGGAUUAGGUAAAUCAUCUUUUGAGAAUUUUGAUUAUUUCUUCAUUUAAUAAUUGAAAUAUCCUUUAAGGACUGUUAAUUUUAUAAGAGAAAUAUAUAACGGAUUAUGGGUAUACUAAGGAGAGAAUUUUAAAUAUUAAAUAAUAUGGUAUUGUAAUUGUGAAAUAUAAUUUUAAAUUUUAGACUGUUUAUUCAUUUAGUUUUGUUUUAGGAUUUUAAAAAAUAUUAACUUUUUUGAUAUCUGGAAAUCUUUUUCAAUAAGACAAGAGUUUAUGGAUAUUUAUUCCUAAGAAGAAAAAAUAAUAAAGGAAGAAGAUAAAUUUUAAUUUUUAUAAGUAAAAAUGUAUAAGGAUUUGUUAGAAUUCAUAAAUUAUAUCCUAGUAGAUAAAAUGAAUGUUUUUAAUUUCUGUACAUCUUUUUAUUAUGAAAUAAAAAAACCAAAUUUAAAUGAAAAAACUAAUCAGUUUUCGAACUUUUUCAUGUCUUCUGUUUUACAUAAAAAUUCUAAUUUUGAUAUUAUGUUUGUAUAAAAAAUUUUUUAGUAGUAUAUGAGUAAAUUGGUAGAUUUUUCUAAAUAAAUUAAUUACAUUGCUACUUUUUCUUAAUCAAACAAAAAAUUCUCUUUAAAAAAAGAUUUUGAUAAUAUCUAUGAUUACUCUUAUUACUUCUGGUAUUCUUCGCUUUUGGCUAAUUAUUAUAGCUUUUUACAUGAAAAAAAAGAAAAUUAAGAAAAAGCAGCAUUUUAUAUUCUUGGAAAUUGCUUUGUGGAUGAAGUAAUAGCAGAAAAUCUUAUAAAUAAAUCUUUUUUUGAAUUCUUAUUGAAUUUAUUAUAGAAUAAAAUUUAAUAGAUUAAUAUUAUUAGUUUUUGGGUUUAACCUAUAUUGAAGAUUAUUAAUAUUUAUUAAGUUUAUAUAGAAAAUAAAGGAAAGAAAGAUGAAGAAACAUCUUAGAAAUGUUAAAAAAUAUUAUCUUUAUUAGAAAACUAAAACUUUACAGAAGAAUUAAACUAAACUAUAAAAUAAUUAGUAAAUUUAGAAGAUAAUUAAACAUAAGAAAUGGCUUCUUAAAAAAAUACUUGUAUUAUUUGUAAAAAAGAUGCUCUUUUAAAUUACGGAGUCUUAGCUUUUGCAUAAAAAAUGAAUUUGAAUUAAUAAUAAUCUAAAAAUCAAAAAAAAUAAGGAUUUUGGCAUUUUCAUUCCUGUUUUCAUAUAAUGCAUAAUUAAUGUUAUUUAGAUUUUGUGAAUAUUAAAUAUUAAUAAGAAAAUAUUGAAUUAAAUUGCCCUAUAUGUCAUAGAAUAUUUAAUAUUUUUGUCGAGUUUGUUGAAUCUUCUUAAAAUAAUUAAUCAUUUGAAAAUAUUAACUCGUUUUUAUUUUAAUUAGAAUGUGUUAAUAAUAAUAAUUAUUAUUCGGUUUUAAAUGAUUUAGAUGAAAACAUUGAGUAAAAAACUGACCAAGAAAUUAAUAUGAAUCUGGAAAAUUCAGUAAUUGAAAUGAUAAAGAUAAUCCAAAAUUACGACUUUUAUUCUUUUUUGUAAAAAAACAGGCUUAUAUAUUAAAUAUUGAAAAUUGUUUUGUAACAUUUUAAUCACUUUUUUAAAAAUGAAAGCUAAUAUUUUACUUAAAAAUAACAAUUUGUCUAAAGGUUUUAGUCAUAAAUUGAAAAUUUAAAUCAAAUUUGUUUCAAAAGUUAACAUAAAAAAAUAGACUAAGAAAAUAUAAAUGAAAAUAAAGACUAAAAUAAUAUUUAAAAUAAUGAAUAAUAGGAAUAAAAAAUAAAUGAAGAAUCAGAAGAAAAUACAUAUAAAGAAGAAGAAAAAUAAUAAAAUAAAGAUGAAGAUAUACACUUAUUAUAAACUGAUAUUUAAGAUUAAUAUUUAAAAUAUUUGUUUAAUUAAUUUGCGUAUUUUUAAAAUUCAAAUUUUUUAAUAAUUAUUUAAGAUUCUCUUAUUUAGGUUUUAUCAGCUAAAUAUUAUUAGUUUUUGAAUUGUAAAAAGGAUAUUUUACAAAAAAAACCCUUAUUUAAUUAAAACGAGAUUUUUUGUGAAUAAAACAUAUCUUUUAUAUAUUAAAUAUGGGCUUUAUAUUCUUUAUUUAUAGACUUAAAUGAAAAUCAAUUAGUAAAUUUGAACUUAUAAUAUGAUAAUGAAAUAUAAUAAAUUAAUUCUUUAAUAUAUUUAUUUGGAAUUAAACAACCAGAAAUAGAAAAAAAAAUAAAAAAAAGCAUUUCUUAAUUACUCGAUAUUCCAUAAAUACUCGAUUUUUAUAACGAAUAUAAUUGCUAAUAAUUUUAAUUUAUAAAAAUUGAUAAUAACUUUAAUGAUUUUUUCAACAAAUAUUAUAAUAAAAAAUGCGAAAAUUGUAACUCUUACUGUAUAUAUGGGCCAAUGAACUUAUGUAUAAUUUGUGGAAAAGUCCUUUGUUAAAACAAAUGUUCUAAAAAUACAAUUCUUAAUAAAGGAAACCUUAAUUCGCAUUGUUUAAAGGAACAUUAUGGUAGCGGAGUAUUUAUUGAAAUUAGUACAACUAAUAUUAUAGUAAUAUAAAGUCCUCAUAACUAUAGAGCUAAUGGAAUUUAUACAGAUGAAUAUGGAUAACAGUAUAAAUAAAGUCAUUAAGGUGUUAAAUCAUAUAGAUUAGAUUUCUAAUUGCUAAAUAUUUUGAGAGAUAAUUAUGUUAAAGGUACAUUGCUUGAUUGGAUUGUGGCUUAACAAUAAAGAAAUAAUUAAGUAUACUUAAAAAAUGUAUUUUGA